AGCAAAGCAUUUUGGUUGAUAUCCCUUGCAAGCACACACUGCGUGCUCUCAUUUCAUUAUAAUCUCUCAUCUUGACCAUCCAUUCAUCCACGUUGUCAACGGUCCUGAUGAUACGGUUCCUCACUAGCGUACAACUAGGGCCUCCUCAAGAAGAUACGAAUCCACCGCCAAGGAAAGCAUUAGGCGGGAAAAGGAAGCAAGAUUACCUUCAUUCCCUGCUCUUCUCUCUCUCUCUCUCGAUCGACCGCCAUUGGAGGAGCUACGAGGAGGAGGAGAAGCAACAGUGAAACGGGGGAUCGAGGGUGGAUGCGAUCGGUGGAGCUGGAAGGAAGAGGAGCAUCGGUGACGAUCGGUAGUGAGAUCACCGUCAUUCCGGUUGAAGGAGCUCGUUGGAGGUGGGAAAGAAUCGAGAACUGGUACCAUCGGAGGAGCUCGGAGGAGGAGGAGGGGAAGCAUCAGCGUGAACUUGCGGAUCGGGAACUGGCCACGAUCGGAGAGCUCUCAUUCUGUUCUGAUCUAGAGGAUAUAUCAGCUUCAACGAGGCUUAUCGAUCGGGAGUUUAAGAAACAGAGGAACGAAGUUUACACUUUUUUGGAUCUUCGCAUUACGUGUAAUGACACACAAUGA